CGUUUAUUGGGUCCCGUCUACUGGACCAACUAACGACAGUGCGUGUUUAACUAUGGUGUGGGCUGUGGAAAUACGCAAGAGUGAGGCUGAACCAGUGCGUAAGGUGCUCCUGGACAAACAAUAUCUCGAUAAGGACUACGCCGUCAAAGCUGGCGAGGAGGGAUCAUUAUGGCUCCCUCUCAAUCUGGACAUGUAUGGACUGGGGGGUGCUCACGAACACAGCACUCAUUCAGAGAAAGCUGAACUUCUACGCGUUGAACUAGACACUCAGUGUCAAGCAGCUGUCAUGGCCAUCAGUGACAUUGACAUGCGGUACAAGAAGAAGAAAGCCACUCAGGAGGGCGUCAAGGCACAAGGCACACCAGCCAGUGUGGAAUUGGCGCUUGCCGAAAUCUUGACUGCAGAUGAAUGUGGACAGCUGAAAACAGCUAUUGAUGUAAUUGGUGACAUUGCUGUAGUUGAGGUAGAUGAUGAAACCCCGGCACGACUGCGCACAGCCCUGGGCGAUGCCGUAUUGAAGGCUAAUCCACGAAUCAAGGUUGUGCUGAAGAAGGAUGGGGGCCAUUCCGGUGCAUUCCGUAUCCAGAAAUACUCACACGUGGCUGGAGAUAAUCGCACCCUCACCACGUGUAGCGAGAACUCUAUCAGACUCACACUGGAUGUGGCGACUACGUACUACUCACCCAGGUCAUCGGCUGAGCGCAAGAGAGUCGCAGCGCUAGUGCGUGCGAAGGAACGUGUGUGUGUGAUGUUCUGUGGUGUUGGCCCGUACAUCUGUGUGAUCGGCAGGCUUAGCGCUUGCUCGAGUGUGGUAGGCGUGGAGAUGAAUACAGUGGCUGCAGAGUUUGCCAAUUUAAAUAUCAAGAAGAACAAGCUCCAAAAAACCUGUUCGGUGCUAGUUGGCGAUGUGCGUGAGGUGUUCCCGCCAGUACACAAGAGCAAUCCUUUAGUCAGUGCCGACGAAGUCAGUGAUCCCGAUUUACCUACCAACCGGAAUGUGCAUGCAAACUUCGAUCGAAUUGUCAUGCCCAUGCCGCAUAUGGGGGAUUCGUUCCUGGAUGUAGCACUGCCUCUGGUAAGUCCCGUGGGUGGGUGGCUGCAUGUGUACUACUUCAGCACAGAUGAAGAAGUCAACUUAUUCACAGAGACCAUCCCGCGCAUCAGCCUUGAGUAUGGGCGGCAGACUAUCCCGGAGAAGCCGCACCGAUGUGGCAAUCUAGGACCGAAGAUUUACAGGUGGUGCAUUGACGUACGCGUGCUUCCUAUCUAGUGCUGAGCUAUGCUACCGAGGACAUAUACACGCGUUGUCGAUUCGAUAUACAUAUGAAUACCUCCCGUUUUACCGAGUAUACACUAAACUGAUGCGGGUCGCGCUACAAAUGGUGUCUUGCCGUACGCGUGCAUCGGAAAGAAGCGCGUGGUGCUGGCGAGGGCUACCCUACAACUGCAUCGUUGAUUUAAGCGCACUUGCCAUUUCGGGCCGAGGGGUGAUGUUUAGGGUCAAGGUAGGUGAAGGUGGCAUAUCGAUAUACGCGCACCUCCACGUUGGGCGAGGAAUGAUUAUUUAGGUCAUGUGAAAGUGGCUAUAGGCGGGGCACCCAUAGAGUGACACGCAUUGCUUGUAGGACUAAAGCUCGCUGAUCCUUUAUUGCUCUAUGCGUGAUUCGCCCGUACGACCCUAUGGGUUACGCUGCAGGUGGUGUGUUAUUGGGCGCGUCCUUUGCCUUUCGCACCUAAGAUGGUGUCGAGGAUCCUUCUCUGAGCAAGCGAGUCAAAGGCUCAGUUAUUAGUCAGCACACACCGCAAGUCGUGCGGUUCAUUGUAGCAGACAACAUGGGCAUAUGACACAGCCGCACUUCGGGCCCGCAUGGGUACUGUCAGGAUGCGCAGCACACUGUUGCGCCUUGGGUUAUUCCGUGAUACUUCAACGUGCAUGCGGAUAGCUACCAUAGCAAUCACGACCAGGAACCGGCGGAUACGAUAGCAACGGUUAAUAUUAUUGCCGCAUGGUACUAUCAGAGCACGUAGCUCAUUGAUUCGUACUGAAGUAUCCUGAGUGAUCAGAUGGGAUGUCGCCACACUUGCAGAGAACUUCCUAGGCCAUUCCGCUGGAGUCCACACUCGAAUAAUACGACAGCCUUUGCCUCCAGCAGUCGGUCGGUGUGGAUGAACGCAUACGGCGAGCCAUUACCUGCGACCUAUCGCGCCUAAAUAUAUAUCACCAUGUGAGGUUGAGGGCUUCACAGUCGGGAAGAUUGCUUGUCAAUUGCUCGAUAUUUGGCAUAUAGUCCCAUUCGACUACACGCUCGUAAUUUGGCACUGCGAUGAACUGAGGUAUUCUGUUGUCUUCACGGUGUUGUAGUACAAUUGCGUUAGCCGGGUUAGUUCAUGGAUCUUAGACGAGCGACGAACUUCUCAAAACUGAGUCGCCUUGUGUCAGGCGUCAGUAGGUAUCGGCGGUUGGUAGGUAGGUAUUCGAUGCCCCCGAGAUACUGAGUCCACCGGUAAGGCUUGCCAUAUCUGGAAGAGAGGAGAAUUAAUCAGCCAAGUAACGGGCGAACUAAAUUCAUCAAGAUUUGUGAAUGAAAUCAGCUGAAAGAUUUAAUACUGUGUGUGUGCUACAAAGCGUUUCAUAUCUCACGAUCGCACGCGUUUUGUGGCAUUCUCAUACACUUCGGAGAACAGGGCAACUUACACAAGAUAACACCGCACAAUCCUAAUUACACGAAUUCAAGUUCAGCGUAGAUACGCGC